AUGUCUUCAUCCUCCUCAACUUCAAUAUACGAUACCAUCAUAUCAGGCGCUGGGCCUGUCGGGCUCCUCCUCGCCACCGAACUUAAGCUUCAAGCGCCAAAUGCUCGGGUGCUGGUUUUGGAGCGCAGAAUAUCACCCGAUACAACCAUAAAGGCAGCUGGUAUCAACACUGCCUCGGUUGAGAUACUCGAGCGAAGGGGUCUUCUCCAUGCUAUCCAAUCUAUGAAAAAUCCAUUACAUGCUGGUCAAAUUAAAGGUGCUCGUGAGUGGAAAUUGCCUUUCCCGCGAGCUGUCGGCCAUUUUGGAGGUAUCCCUGUUCCGGCAGCUCCCCUUGAUAGGGAGAAUUCGUUGCUACGUGGACGGGGGAAGAAUGGGUGGUAUACGCCAUUACCUCAAGCUGAGCUGGAGAGGAUCCUUUACGAGAGGGGGUUGGAGCUGGGCGUAGAAGUUAGGAGGGGGUUUGAAUUGACGGGAAUGAAGGCAGACGAGUCCGGCGUGACCGUGGUAAUUGAGGAAGAAGGAAAGGAAGGAAUGAACGAAGUGCGUGGACGCUGGCUUGUUGGCUGUGAUGGGGGACACAGUCUCGUGCGCAGCCUAGCAGGUUUCGACUUUCCAGGCACAGACCCGAAGAUCACGGGCCGAGCGGCUAUUGUCAAGAUUGAAGGUGCUGAGAGUUUGGGGGACGGAUGGCAGUGUACGCCUCAGGGAGUCUAUGUGUAUACCUCCAUGCAGGGGCUAGCGCAAGUGCGCACAAUCGAGUUUGAUGGUCCGCCUGCGGACAAGUAUGCAACUGUUACAGCCCAAGAAAUGGAGAGCAGUCUGCGGCGAGUUACUGGUGUUGAAGGCAUUCGAAUCUCGACAGUCAGUAACGGGACGCGAUUCACAGACAAUGCUCGCCAAGCGAGUACCUACCGACGCGGAAGGGUGUUUCUCUGUGGAGAUGCGGCGCAUGUGCACGCGCCGUUUAGUGGACAGGGAUUGAACCUGGGCCUUGGGGAUGCUGUCAAUUUGGGUUGGAAGCUUGGUGCGGUACUUCAGGGAUGGGGGACCGAGAACCUUCUCGACACUUAUACGAGCGAGCGGCAUCCUAUUGGUGUGCGAGUUUUGGAUUGGACUCGAGCACAGACUGCUGUCAUGCGUGGUGAUCCUGAUGGUUCUGCGUUAAGGAGUGUUGUGAGUGAUUUUCUGAGAACUACAGAUGGAGCGACGCAUUAUGUGAAGCAGAUAUCUGGGUUAUGGCAGCAUUAUGAUCUGGGUGAUGGAUGUCCACUGGUUGGCAUGACAAUGCCUGAUAUCCGGUUGGAUGAUGACACACGCCUUGCGAACCAUGCCCAUGAGGGUCACAGUUUACUUGUUGACUUGACGGGAAAUGAUAAUACCGCGAGCCUAGUUGAGAAAUAUGCUGGGCGUUUGAAGCUGGUCCGAAGACAGUCGAAAAUUGCUGGGGUCGAUGUUCUGCUGGUGCGCCCUGAUGGCUUUGUAGCCUGGGCUGCUACCGAUGGUGGUGUCUUUGACGAAAAAGAUCUCGAGGUUGCUCUUGUUCGAUGGUUAGGUAGCGGCAAACAUUAUGAAAACUCCUGA